AUGAGUGCGGAGCCGGAGAACGGCGGUGGCGACGGUGACGCCCGUGACCCCAGCGGCUUCCUCAGCGAGAUUAUCGGGGCUCCAGUUACGGUGAAGCUCAAUUCAGGUGUUGUCUACAAAGGCGAACUGCAAUCCGUCGAUGGCUACAUGAACGUCGCACUCGAAGACACGAAAGAAUACGUCGAUGGCAAGCACAGGCGGGACUACGGAGACGCCUUUGUUCGUGGCAACAACGUCAUGUACAUAUCCUCCGACUCUGCAUCGUCAUAG